AUGGCGAUGGGGAAGCUUUUGUCGCAGCGCUUGUUCAAUAUCUCGAAAAUGGCGUCGCAAGGUCUCAUGAACUGCCGAAUUUCGUCUUCUUCAUUAGCCGUGCGAACUAGGGUUCCCAAAGAUCCAGGAGAAGCAACAAUCGAUCCAGAGCCUGGCGAUUUGUCGAUGUCGCGGAGGUUUCUGCACAAAAUCUCGAUGAAUCGGAUAGAAACUGCUCUGAAAAUGCCGAUUGGGGAGAGUUUGUUGGAGACGCUUCGAGAAAUGGAUGUGAACAAGGACCGGAUUCGAUUAGACGGACUUUCACCACAUCCUCCGAUGAAACCCGCGGCGGAGGAGGAGACGGAGACGUUGGGGAUUAGUGUGCGAGACGCGAAGAAGUUUCUAAGAGCUGCGCAGAUCGAAGUCGUUAGAACGAAGCUGAUGGAUACCGGGAAAAUCUGGAUCACUUACUCUGAUUUCGUUCGUCUCUGCAAUGAUUCUUCUCCGGAUCCUUCUCAGGGACCUUGGAUCGCGAAGAUGCUCGAUGAUUCAGGAAACGUCAUCGUUUUGGGCAAUUCCGUUUGCUUAAGACCCGAUCGGGUAACGAAAUCCAUCGAAGGUCUGCUUCCUUUACCACAGAUCUUUAACCCAAAUGACCCAAGAAGAAAGGAGCUAAAAGAGCUUGAAGCCAUAAAGACAGUCAUCGACGAGAAAGCGCAUGGCUUGGUGAGAAAAGAGCUUUGGGCUGGUCUAGGUUACUUGAUCAUCCAGACCGCAGGGUUCAUGAGGCUAACCUUUUGGGAACUUACAUGGGACGUUAUGGAGCCAAUCUGUUUCUAUGUCACAUCGGUUUACUUCAUGGCCGGUUAUGCAUUUUUCCUCAGGACAUCGAAAGAGCCGUCCUUUGAAGGGUUUUACCAAAGCAGGUUUGAGGCUAAACAGAGGAAGAUAAUGGAAUCUCAGGAGUUUGAUGUUGGGAGGUACUAUGAGCUGAAGAAGCUGUUUAAUCCCAAACCUUCUUCAGCUGCUGUUUCCAAGAUUCUUGGAACUCUACAGAGUUGA